AUGGCAAUGAAUUGCAAGAAGAUAGCGCAAGCGAUGGAACCGAACGCUAUCGUUUUGGUGAUCUGCCGUUGACCAGCAUUAUAGGGGAUCAAAUAAAGGAAGGAGAAUCGUUGGGUUUGAAGUGUGUCACUCUCGAUGAAUUUCUGAAGGCUAGUGAUCGUGAUACACACCAGGUAGUGUUUGCGUCAGCUGAACAGGUUCUCAGCAAGACAUUUACUGAAAUUCUUAAAGACCGGUCAUCAAGAUUACACAAUGCGUUGGACUUGGUAGUUGUUGACGAAUCUUACACAGUUUUGAGAUGUGGACAGAGAAAAGGUUUAAAAAAAUGUGUGUACCUGUUUACUUUGCUCAAAUACACAACUGUUUUUAUCAACAUAUGACAUUCAUUUGUGUGUAUUUUUAUAGCUGCAAGAAUGCAAAAAGCUUUAGAGCAGCCUAUGGUGAUCUAUCGAUUUUGAGAUCAUUAUGCAAGGAAGGUACGUUUACUUGUACCUAAUAUUGAAAAUUAGUAAUAUAUGGCAUGUUUCACAUUGAUUAAAUUACUUGUAUAUAAACACUUACAUAUGUACUUUUCUCACACAACAGGAACACCUGUCUUAGCCUUGACUGGUACAGCAGACAAUCAUACACGAGAAGUUAUCAUGUGUGACCUUGUAAUCAAUUCAGAUGUUCUAGAAGUAUUUUUAAGCCCAAACAGAACAAAUUUGCGGAUAAAUGUGAUCAAAACUACCAAAAAGGAUGCACUUUCCAAUUUAGAUUGGUUGGUUGAAUUGUGUCACAGAAAACAAUCUGAAACACCUAAAACUAUCUUGUUUUGCCACACUAUGAAAGAUGUUGCAACCGUGACUAACUAUCUCAUGUUGAAGCUGGGGUCAUCUGCUUACAGUCCACCAACAUCCAGGGAAUCUGAGGAUUGUCUGAUAGGUAUAUAUCAUUCCAUGUCUUGGGACAACUACAACUACAAAGACAGAAUUGUUUCUCAACUCAAAAGCAAUUGGAAAGUACGCUUAGUUGUAGCUACCACAGCAUUAAGUAUGGGUGUAAAUUUCCCGGGCAUUCGUUACAUUAUCAAUUGGGGUCCAGCACGCAAUUUGUUAGACCACCAUCAAGAAGCAGGGAGAGCCGGUCGUGAUGACAAAAAAACCCAGAUAUUGUGGUUAUUUACCAUGGACAACAGUAAACUCACUGUGAGGACGAAGUAA